AUGUCUUUGAAGAACUAUUUCCUAUUUGCCUUUGUGCUUUGCGGGGCGGCUCUUGCUGCAGAAAUAUCAAAGAGCGAUGGCCUUGAAGGUGCAUCGGGGGGAGACGCGGCUGGACGCGUCGUGGGUGGGACAGACGCACCAGAUAAGGCUUUGCCAUACCAAGUAUCUCUGCAGCGUACAGAUCAAAAUAACUUCCCCUUCUGUGGUGGCGCCAUCAUUGCUGACAGAUGGAUCCUCACUGCAGCACAUUGCCUCAAAAAUGUUCAAGCAAAGGACUUAAGCGUUUUGGCAGGAACAAACAACAAAAAACAUGAAAAAUAUACCGAUAGACCGAAUGUACAUGAUAUUGCUCUGUUGAGAACCAAAGAGAAGAUUAAAUUCACAGAAAGGGUUAAACCUAUCGAAAUAGCCACGGAAGACCCCAAACCAGGGGACAAGUGUAAAUUAUCCGGAUGGGGAUUCACCACCCAAAAUCAAAGAAGGAGCCCCGACAAAUUGCAGUGGUUGGACGUAAAAAUUAUAUCCGAGAAAGCCUGUAAAACUGAUAAUAUACGACGCUUUGAAAAGUCCUUCCCAGUUACUGAAAACCACAUCUGUACUCUUAAUAAGAACGGCGAAGGUACUUGCCAAGGUGAUUCUGGUGGAUCCUUGGCCUGCAACAACAAAUCUACUGGUAUCGUCUCGUGGAAUCUUCCGUGUGCUCGAGGACAACCUGAUGCCUACACCAGAACCAGCAAAUACGCCACUUGGAUAAAGGACAACAUGGAAGCUAAUAAGCCCUGAUGAAUAUCCAACAAUUGAUGUUUUACAACAAUUUCUUACACUUAUAAAAUGUAUGUCUUUGUAUUUAUUUAGAUUCGAUCAGAAUUUGAUAUCGAUUAAGCCUACAUAUUAAUCAAUAAAUGUU